AGAAAACUGUAGAAAAAAACAUGGCGGGUCGAUUCUCGUACUUUCUCCUCUCAGCUCUUUUCACAGUCGUUUUGAUUAUCGUCGUACGGACGGUGAUGUUUUCCUAUCGUCCAGUAGCCGCUGUUCCUUGUCUACCAACCGAUUUAGAUUAUAUUCAUGCAGACGAAGCCGCGAGGAAAAGAUUUCAAAAAGCGAUCACCUUUAAAACAGUGUCAUAUGAUGUUGGGAAUUACAAUCGACAAGAGCUUCGAAAAUUUCUUGAAUUUAUCCUAGAAGGUAAGAAACUAAACUUUAUCCCCGACAGUGUUUUUCUACACUAAAUGGGUUGGGGGUCGAGUUUUAUUUGGACAGCUAUAGGGUCAAGUUUCUCAAGGGACGUGCCAUUUUUCAUGAUAUUUUUUAUCUGCACUCCCACCCCCGCUAAGGAUGACGGGAUUCCAAUAGGAGAGUUUGGUCGAGUUUUUCUUCAAAGAAGCUGAAAAAAAUUUUGACCCAUUGCACAACUUUUUCCAAGGUGCCGACAAAGAACGAACCCUUCGGAUUCCGUUUUUUCAAUGCGCACCGACAAAACUUUGAGGAUUUGAAUUCCAGUCAUCCUUAGGGGAGGGGGGGGGGGGGGGGGUGUUGAUAAAAAUUGAAAAAUUAAAAAUCCCAAACCAGUUACUAUCCAGUUUGCAGUUGAGUGGACUUGCUUAAUGAUUAUAAAUAAGUUUCAAGUGCUUGGAAUGUGCAGGUUUAGAUGACUUUCAAAAGAUAUAAAUUUAUGGAUGGCCUCAUAAAUAUUUACAAAAUAUUGCGACUGUGUCUUUAAUUUUUUCUUCCAACAGAAUUUUCAGAUGUGUUUAAUCAUCCUCUUGUGCAGCACAAAGUUAUAGCAGAUUACAGCUUACUUUUGUCUGUAAAAGGCAGUGACCCCUCUCUUAAACCAUAUCUCAUUGCAAGUCACCUUGAUGUUGUACCAGCAACCAAUGAAUCUUGGGAAGUACCCCCUUUUGAAGGGCGGGUCCAUAAUGGGUACUUUUGGGGGAGAGGAACAUUGGAUGUUAAAAAUGGAGUCAUGGUAAUUAAUCUUGCCUUGCAACCAAUAAACCUAAUCCCCACUAAUUUUAACCUUAAUGAGUAACAAUGAAUGAAGUUGAGCCUGAUCACUCAAACUACUUCUCUCGACCUGUAGAGCAUUUUUUAUUGGUUUUCACAACACGAAGGUCUAAAUUAAAAGGUAGAGCUGUAGUUUUGACAUGAUCAGAAAAAGAUCUAAAAAAAUGUUAAACAUCCCAACUCAAGAGGACUUUAGGCUUGUUAAGUUUGGGGACUUGUGUUGACGUAAUUUGGCCUUUUGCAAAAAUAUCAUGUGGCGGAUUCAAUAACAGUGGAGGGGUGCCAGAAAGUCAGGCCUAUGCUGUUAACUGCUUGCUUCUUCUUCCAAAUUCCAUUCCUUAAAAUGCAUGUGUAACAGCAGAAUUUUUUAAAAAAACCAAGAAUGAUUUAAUCUGGGUUUUCCCACAUUGUAUACAAUAUUAUAUAGGGCUCCAUGGAGGCUUUAAAGUUUCUUCUCAAUCUUGGAUACAGACCUCAACGCAGCUUUUUCCUGGCUUAUGGACAUGACGAAGAGGUAAGUGGAAAAAAGAUGCUAAAAUGGGAUUUGGUGGUUGUUCCAUGGUAGCACAGUGGUUUAAAAGUAUCCUUGGCUUAAAUUUUAUUUUCCUUUGUUACAGACUUGUUGUCAUGUACAUUGAUCACCGUAAAUUAUGGAAAAACAAACCAAGGAUAGAAUUGAACCACAACACUUUUUCAAGGGUACCGUUCCUCUUGAUAAAUGCAGUAAUCUUUUGCCUGUAGGUUUCUGGGAAUGACGGGGCCCGACAAAUUGCAGCACAUUUAAAGUCACAACAGGUGGAGUUGGAAUUUUUAGUUGAUGAAGGGACAGUUAUUGUCAAGGAUGCUGUCCCGGGAAUGAAAAUUCCCUUUGCUUUGUGAGUAUACAAAUUAAAAUGCAGAAGUUGCCUCUUUAAGAAAUUUAUAGCUACGUCUUUUUGCUCUCAUAUAAUUCUCAGUGGGGUCAUUGUGAAUCAAAGUUAUUUUUUUUGCCUGAAAUCAUCAUGAUGCAUGGGUUAUGGAAGUGGCGUCUUGCAUAUAACAGACCUUAUUUUUGAUAUCUUUGAUUCUUAGAAUUGGUGUGGCAGAGAAAGGUUUUAUCACAGCACAACUUAGUGUCCAUACAUCUGCUGGCCACUCGUCAAUGCCACCACGGGAAUCAAGCAUUGGAAUUAUGUCAAAUGCUGUAGCUAAGUGAGUACUAGCAUUUGAGUGUGGCUUUUCUGUUGACUGUGUUGUUCUAUCUUUGUUAAGCUAACCAGUCAUUUCAUCAAUACCAGGGCUGAGUUGCUCAAAGCAUGGUUAGCUUUAACCUUUGGUUUAGCAGUAUCAAAACCAAUACGUUGUCAAGGUAUUAAACGCUGGUUAACGCUAACCAUGCUUCGAGCAACUGGGCCCAGAUGUAUGGCCAUUUUUUCAUCUACCGCUUGAGCCAGCCAUCCAGUCAGCCAGUUGCUCAGUCAGUUAGUCAGCCAGCCAUUCAUUCAGUCAGUCAGUCAGUCAGCCAGCCAGCCAGUCAGUCAGUCAGUUAGUCAGCCAGCCAUUCAUUCAGUCAGUCAGUCAGUAAGUCAGUCAGCAAGUCAGUUGGUCAGCCAGUCAGUCAUUCAUUCAGUCAGUCCUCCAGCCAGUCAGUCAGUCAUUCAUUCAGUCAUCCAACCAGUCAGUCAGUGGGUUGAUCGGUCAGUCAUUCAUUCAGUCAGUCAGCCAGUUAGUCAGCCAUCCAUUCAUUCAAUCAGGCAGCCAGUCAGGAAGCCAGUCAGUCAGUCAGUUAGUCAUUCAUUCAAUGCAUCCUCCAGCCAAUCAGUAAUCAGUCACUCAGCCAGCCAGUCAGUCAGUCAGUUCGGGAGUCAGUUAGUCAGCAAGUAACUCUGUCAAUCAGACAGCUACUCAGACAGUCAAUGAGACCAUUUUUUUUUUCAGUCAAUCACGUUUUCGUUUUAACUCUUUCGUAAAUUUCAUGUUUUGUUUUUGUUUAUGUUUAUGUUUUUGUUCAGAUUAGAAUCUUGUCCAAUGCCAGUUGUCUUUGAGUCAUCUGGACCAAUCAGAGAAAUGUUUGAAAGUUUUGCCCCUCAGGUAACAGUAAACUGUCUCCAUGCAAGAGCUAGAAAUUUUUCAGACUUUCACUACGCAAGCGAAGCAAAGGGAUUAUCAUGUUGAGCUCAAUUUGUUGUUUGUGAUUUAAACACACCAAGAAGAAUAAGGUAUACCAUGGUUUUUAGUCUCACAUUUUACGAUUACGUAGUGAUUUCCUUCACAGUAAUUUAAUAAUCUAAUAUCCGCUUAUUCUACAGGUUCCGGUUUAUAUGAGGAUCAUAAUGGCUAACUUGUGGCUAUUUAGUCCAAUUUUUACAAAGUAAGUAGUUUAUUAUAAAGCCUUUUUGAAAUACUGUUAGUUUUUGUUGUUGCAAUAAUUAUUGUCGGAGAUCAACCAAUAGCUGCCAGAGUUAAGAAGCCUUGAAGUAACUUUUAAUUGCUUAGAUUCAUCGCUGUAACGCUUAGUACGUCUUGAACAAAAAUAAAGUAUCUUAAAUUUUAAGUUAGGACCUUUCGUCUUACCUGAGCUGAGAACUAGUAGCCUGCAUAGCUGUCGUUUUCGUUUCCUUUUAGCCAAACACAAUACGCACAGGAGAAGUUCGAGGGCGAGCAAAACAGUAGGAGUGGUCUUGCUCCUCUUCUGCGCUUCCCCCGCCGGGCUAAAAUUAACGGAAACAAAUACUUCGCAGGCUAAGCACCAAAACAAUAGCGUACCACGAUUGCUCCGUUGCUAAGGUAAGACUAAAUGUCGCUUCACAUUCGUACGGUACGCUUUAUGUACCCAUUUCAAUUAUUUCUCUCUAACAGAAUUCUUGAGUCAAAACCCUCCACUAAUGCGUUUCUCCGUACCACAACCGCUAUCACUCAAUUUAAUGCAGGGGUAAAGGUAUGUGACAGUGCUGUAUACCCAUACGUAGAUUAUUCCACAGAGCAAGUCUUUCACGGUCGAGCGCAAGUGGCGACAGAAGACAGAGAGUGGAGCGGUGAAAGGGGCAUGAAGCCUUAAACUUCUCGUUUCCCUCGCGAUUCACACUGGCCUAUGAGAUAGCAGGUCGUUUCGCCCGAGGAUACUGAGUUCGCCCGGACUUAAGUCGAUUCGCUCGAUGUGUAUUUUUCGUUUUUUAAGCCUGAAACAAGGAACAAGCGUAAAGACAGGGACUGCACAUAUGAAAUCCAAGCUUAACUAAAAUAACUCUGAUAAACAUUUUCACCGUGAUGUAGAGUUUUUCGUCUUUGGGGAAUCGACUUAAGUCUAGGCGAAACGUCGUCGGGCAAAUCGACUUUUGGGCGAAACUACCACAGCCUUUGAAGCGCUAGCCCGCUUGCAGGCUCUCUUAUAGCGAGUGAGAAACGCUACCAGCAAAGCGCUCUCUUGUAAGGGGCGAGAGCGUAACCUGGCGACUGAGAGACGCGAUCAGCGAAACGCUUUGCUGUGGAUGACGAGAGCGGCAAGCAAGCGAGUAAGAGACAACGGGAUCCUGAAUAGAUUCCUGGGUUACAUUAGACUCGUAUCCAGCGCAAAACCCAACUCGAGAACCUGCUUGUAAACUAGUGUUCAAUGCGCAUAGAAAAAUUAUAUAUCUUAAGGUAUCAUCACUAGAGACUCGAAGUUAAGUGGAGAUUUCUCUAUCCCUGCUUAUGCCUUCUCUACCCUCUUCUUGGCUGUUUGUUUGUAACGGUUUUUCCAUUGAUUGUAACUUAAAAUGUGCUACUUUUUCCUUCUUUUUUCUAAUUUCUUGCGACUAUUUUUCACACAGGCAAACGUGAUACCAUCCUCAGCGAACGUAACUGUUAAUCACCGGGUUCAUCCUGGCAAUACUCUGGAGGAGGUGAUGUAACAACUCUGAAUAGCCAUAUAGCUUGCUCUCGAUACUCGACACUCGAUACUCGGCGGGGUCUUUGAUCACAAGUGAGACCCUCUCGUCUGGGGCUCUAUCAUGCUGUCGGGUCCUAACAAGGACGAAAUAACUGUCCAUAGUUGCUGCUGCCUGCGCAUGCGUAGGGCACUGGCCAUACCGCGGAGUUUUUUAGUGCGUGCUUAUUGUUGAAUUUUCGUCUCAAUGGGACAGGGCGAUUGGGGGUCUUUUUCACCUGCUUUUUCUCCUUUUAAUAAUGUUUCCACACUUUAUCCUUUAUACUUUUUGUAGUGCGUGCUUAUUGUUGAAUUUUCGUCUCAAGGGGACAGGGCGAUUGGGGUCUUUUUCACCUGCUUUUUCUCCUUUUAAUGAUGUUUCCACACUUUAUCCUUGACUGCAGACAAGCUGCGUUAAACAACAAAAUUGUGAGACAGAGGGGGUCGAGCGCUAUAUGUUUCGGACAAAGUAACAAACCAUGGGCGCUUUCCAUUUACGAAAAAAAACCGGAAAUUUCGGUGGUAGCAAAAGUGGAAUUUCCGAUCGGUAAAAAGUUGUUCCAUUUGGUCGUAAACCCCGGUACGUGGCCGGGUGCCCGACCGUGGACCUGGAACUGGUACAAACCACAAGAAACGUCAAUGGAACACGACAUUCCGUUCGGAAAUUCCAACCGGGAAAACGGGACCACCUUUUUCGAUUUUCCACUUUUUCUGGGAAUUUUCCAGUGGGACGAACCGACGAAACGUGUUCCAUUUACCGCCGAACCGGAAAUUCCGGAAAUUUUAACUAAAUGGAAAGCGCCCCAGGCUUUCCUCCCAUCCCACCCCGACAAAAGGCCCUUCUUACUUUCAUGGGGUUUGCGUGGGUUUCUGGGACGUAUUCGGUUCUACCAAGGGCGGCCAAUCCUUUCCUGAAUGCUCCGAAAUCCUUGUUUACCUGCAGAUGCUGGGAAGACUGCCCCGACUUUUGAAUUACUCACUCGCCUUCUUUACGCUUAGCCUGCGUGGCAGGCGUUCAAAGGGGGAAGGGGUAGGGAAUUUAGGCGCGAGACAGCGCUUGAGGGAGAAGCCCCUCGCGCUUCUUGUGCGCCCGAAAUCCCCCUUCCCUUCCCGUCGAACGCCUGUCACGCAGGCUACGUUUCACUUAAGGCCGUUUUCCACAGACGCGUUUUUGGCGACGCACGUUAACGCACGUUAAUUUUAAUCACGUAGAUAAAAUAGAGGCAAGAUAUAAAGUCUUGAGAUUAAACGUGAAGUUGAGCGAGGUUCUACUUUUACGCUUACGUGCGACCUUUCAUACAUUGCCUCUAUUUUAUUACGCGACAGUGGAAAUCAACCCUUUAAUAGACGGUGUUUUAACAUAUCCCUGACUUGGGACGAGGUUGAUUUUCCAGAGUGUUCCUAAAGACACGUUUCGCUAUUCAAUACGGCAAUGACAGAAUGCCAAGUUUUGUCUCCUGUUUUAAUAGGUUCUUGAGCAUGAUCGUCGCUGCAUAAAUGAUGAUCGAGUUGAAAUUCGUGUGAUGCAGUCGAGCGAACCUUCUCCUGUUUCUAACUGGGACGAACAUUCUUUUGGCUUCCAGGUACAGUACUAAGUAGUGCUCGCGCGUGAAUCAGCGCCAUUUUAGCGGGAAAACGUGUUAGUCGUCGUCAAUCUACUACGAGAAUGUCGAAGUGGCGGAAACAAGUUAUCAAAUGUUAGAAGUUUUAUCAUUUUGCGAUCGCGACAGGGCGUAGCCUCCUUCACUAAAGAUAACAGUGCUAACUUUUCUAGUGAAAAAUGGUAAAAUGAAGCUUUCCGGGGAGUAUAUAUUUUGAGAAUAAGCAAAAAAAACUUAAAGUCAAAUCUCGUACUUGUAAUCGUCCUCGAAUCUAAAGGUCUUUACUAUCGAGAAUUUACACAAAAAAGAGACUGUUAUAAUUAUAUGGUCAUCGUUCUUUCCUUUUUAUUACUGGGGGCAUAGCGCAGCAAUUUUUAAUGGAUAAUAAAUAUUCUUUUUUUUUUCAUUUCUUUAGGUGAUAUCCAAAAGCGUGCGGCAAGUGUUCCCGGAAGUCGGAGUGUCGCCAGGUAAGCUGCACAUUGCCGCAACCUCGUUCCCAGAGUCCCCUCUUCUACGUCCGGCGUACAAGUAAGAGAGGACCCUGGGAACAAGGUUGGGUGCUGUCGCUGCCGUGUAGUUCAUUGCCUACUUAGGUACUAAGCGUAAUACUUACCCAUCCCUCCUCUAACCCAAGAUUUUGCACUUAUUGAGAAGUAAGGGUUAAAGUUUAUAAAGGUUAAAGGCUUGAUAAUAGUGGAGAGUGCAGUUAGCUUAUCCAGCCAGUUUACAGGCACUCUACUCAAGUACCUCGAAACAAAUAAUGGAAAUAGGACAUAACAGGAUUAAAAACCCUGGGAGGCAACCAGUUGGCUAUUUACAAGCGUGGCCGAGGAUUUGAGCUCGGGGGACGACAGAGAACAAAUUUAGCAAGUCGCCAGAGCGGGACACGAACCCAGGACCGCCGGAUUGCGAGUCCGACGCGGUGACUGCUCGGCCUCGCUGCCUCCCAUGCAGGAUAGGGUAGGGGGAUUCUGAGAAACUGCCCACCUACCCCUCCCCUAACCCAACAUUUUGCUCUUAUUCAGAAGUUAGUGUUUACGUUGAGUUAGGGAGGGGUAGGUAAGUAGUUUCCUCGAAUCUUAUACUGACCGCACAGCCACGUUUUGAACAUGCGCGUUUGUGUUGAUGAGGCCUUGGGGAUGGAAGAGCUACAACUGAAAGCAUUUACAAGGCUGGAGCUACACCACACGGCACUUAAAAUCAUUCAGGCUAAUAUUUCAACUGAUACAGUUAGAUUUCUUUAGGGCGAGUGAUACACUAAAGGAUAUAGAGGCUCGCGUCUUAGCUGUACCACUGUAGUUUGCAAAAAUGCCCUUCUGCUGGAGUGUCAACUCUGCAAUUAAAAUAGUUUCUUUGCAUGUUGCAGUGUUUCCAGCGUUAGGAUUUAUAAAUUUGUAUUAUUGUUGUUAUUUAUACAGGGCUUAUGAUUGCAAACACAGAUACCAGACACUAUCUGGAGCUUACCGACUCUGUCUACAGGUUUAUGCCAUCAGUACUAACUCCCGAGGAUGCUAAACGCAUUCAUGGCUUUAACGAAAGAAUCAGCGUUGAGAAUUACGAAAAAACCAUCAACUACUUUUAUCAUUUGAUGAUAAAUGCUGAUGCAGCGAAUUUGGACACGGAGAAACCACACAGCGAAUUGUGAUAUUUAUAGUUUGUUUUAAAAUUCAAGAAGCUGUUUAGGUACCCUGCAAGCAGAGCCUCCUUCGAUCUUCCGAGAAAAUAUUUCUAGCAAGAUCGAAGGAGACUCUGCUCGCCGGCGGUACUGUUUAGGUGAACAGUGGAAAACUGGGACGAUUUUCCGCGCUUCGUUCCGAUCUUGAAGUCAACGAUUUCGAGAUCCAGUUGUGAAUGAGCACAACAUGUUCUACCGAAGAUCGUGUGAGUGCGGUCUUAUCGCAAGUUUGUUCAGAUAGACAGCACAAAGAAGAGCACUUGAAAGAGACCUUUCUUUAUGAGUAAUGAACAGCACGACUAAAAUGAAACUUGCCUCAGAACGGCCAAGUAUUUGGCAACUUUUUCAUCAAAGCACUACCCUCCCAGGUGAAGAAUUCCUCAUUCUUGAAUUCUUGAAAGGUUAAAACUCACCUAUUUAAAAGGGCGAAUGAACCGGCGGGUCGCUAGGCCAAUUAUGUUUUUAAACAGUUCUAGAUUUUUGUUUGUUUUGUUUUUAGCCUUUUCUAGCUCUAGGUUGGAGACUUACAUUUACUUUUUGCUUUUUUUAACAGUUGUAUUUUUGCUUACCUGGCCUUUUUAACUGUAGGUUUUAGUUUUAAUUUUUAAUAACAUUGGUUGCAAAUUUUGUUUUUCGAACCUUUUUAAUCCUUAGUUAGAGUCUAUUUAAUGUAAGCCGUUUAUAUAUUGUAAGACAGGUUUUAAUCUCUGUAAAGCACUUAAGGCCAUUUUAUAUUUUUAUGGAUAGUGCUAUAUAUAUAUAUAUAUAUAUCUAGCCGGAUUUUUGAAAACGUCAUCGCCAAAUGGACCUUUUGCGUCCAACAGUUUUUUUCGGCCAAAAACUAUCUCCAAAGUAGCUAUUAUAAUAACUAAAAGUGUAACCAUUGUUUUUUUCUCUUCUCCUCCUUUCCUUCUCCUCGCUCUUCCUCUUUCUCCUUUCCUUUUCCUUCGUUACUGUGAUUUUGAAGCUUCUCGGGCUUAAGAAACCUGCCUUUUGACGCCUUUUCACUCAAAUGAGUGCAAAUUUCGUCGGAUUGGUUUUCAAAAAAUC